AGCGCGAUCGUAGAGGGGAGGGUUCGCAUGUUUCACUACGUUGGCUUUUCUCCCAGAAAGAUUUCGGUGUGGGAAUUUCAAUUUUACAUUUCUGAGGCUGUCGGAGGCUCUUUAACCGGACACCGCAUCCUGAAAGUUUCGCUGAGCGCGUCUAGACUGAAUAAGUGUGACGGGCGUGAUGACGACAGAGGUGGGAUCAGAGACGGACGUGAAGAAGGAACCGGAGAAGGUUCCUGAAGUUCAGCAGCAGACUGAGCCUCAGCAGACAGAGCAGCCCGACAAAGCCGCUGACAGCGCCGCCCAGCCCGCCUCGGCCAGUGACGACCAACCACAGGAGGAGAGCCAGAGCGCAGAGGCCAAGAGCGAUCCGGAAGCGGCCGCGUCUCCUGAGCCCAGCAGUCCUCCUGCUGCCGGCGGCCAGAAGAAAGACAAGGGCAUCUCCCGCUUCCUGCCUCCAUGGCUUAAACGACAGAAAUCACUGAGCCAAGACAAGCCCGCCGAGAGCACAGAGCCGCCCAGGCAGGAGAGCGUGGAGGCAGUGAAGGAGGAGCACGAGGAGACGAGCCAGCCGAAAGAGGAGGCGGACGGAGAAGGCGGAGCGACCACGAGCACAGAGCAGACAGAGGAGGUUAAGGAGGUUAAAGAGGUUAAAGAGGUUAAAGAGGUGAAGGAGGUGAAGGAGGUGAAGGAAGUCAGAGAGGAGAGCAGAGCAGAGGAGGUGCAGGUGGAGGAGAAGGAUAAAGAGGAGGAGAAGUCUAUCGGCAGUGCUGACACACAGCCUGUGAGAGAGGAGAAAGAGGGCGAAUCGGAGGUUAAGGAGAGCGAGGAGCAGACGGAGAAAAAGGAGGAGAAGAAAGAGGAAGAGCAAGUGAACCAGCAGGAGACGAGUGUGCUGUCAGCGCUCAAACUCAAGAAGAUGAAGAUGGUGGUGUGUCAUGUGACCCUGCUGGACGGCAGCCAGUUCUCCUGCGAGGUGGAGAAACGGGCGAAAGGCCAGUACCUGUUUUUUCAAGUCUGCGAGCAACUGAAUCUGUUGGAGAAGGAUUACUUUGGCCUGAGCUUUAAAGACAACGCUGAGCAGAGGUGCUGGCUGGACCCGACCAAGGAAAUCAAGCGGCAGAUUCGCAACUCUCAGUGGCAGUUUGCAUUCAGUGUGAAGUUUUACCCUCCGGACCCGUCCCAGCUGACUGAGGACAUAACGAGGUAUCUGCUGUGCCUUCAGCUGAGGCAGGACAUCGCGUCGGGCCGGUUGCCGUGUUCGUUCGUCACACACGCUCUGCUGGGCUCCUACACCCUGCAGGCGGAGCUCGGUGACCAUGACCCCGAGGAGCAUCGUCUGGACUACAUCUCAGACUUCCAGUUCGCCCCAAACCAGACCAAGGAGCUGGAGGAGAAGGUGGUGGAGCUGCACAAGUCCCACAGGGGAAUGACUCCAGCCCAGGCAGACGCACAGUUUCUGGAAAAUGCCAAGAAGCUCUCCAUGUACGGCGUGGACCUGCAUCACGCCAAGGAUUCUGAGGGAGUGGAUAUCAUGCUGGGCGUGUGUGCAAACGGUUUGUUAAUCUAUAAGGAUCGUCUGCGGAUAAACCGCUUUGCUUGGCCCAAAAUCCUCAAGAUCUCCUACAAACGCAGUAACUUCUACAUCAAGAUCAGGCCAGGAGAGGCCGAGCAGUUUGAGAGCACCGUCGGCUUCAAGUUGCCCAACCACCGUGCCGCCAAAAGAGUUUGGAAAGUCUGCGUUGAGCACCACACCUUCUUCAGGUUGGUUUCUCCUGAACAGCCCACCAAGACCAAGUUCCUGACUCUGGGCUCCAAGUUCCGCUACAGCGGCAGGACGCAGGCGCAGACGCGACAGGCCAGUUCCCUCAUCGACCGGCCCGCGCCCUACUUCCAGCGCACCUCCAGCAAACGCAUCUCCCGCAGUCUCGAUGGAGCUCCUGUGGUGAACGUGAGCGAUUACAGUCAAGCUCUGACUGCAGGCGCUGGAGAGAACGGCCCAUCUCUGGAGCUCAACUCCGACUCUAAGAGUCCACAGGUGGAGGUCGUGGAGAAGCCAAACGAGGACGCGGACACAUCCCUCACCUCUGAAACGGCCUUUGAGACGGAUAAAGGCGGUGCUCCUGAGAGAAAGAGCAAGUUGAGAGUGCAGGGGGAAAAUAUAUAUGUCAGACAUAGCAAUUUAAUGUUGGAGGACUUGGAUAAGACCCAGGAGGAUGUAUUGAAACAUCAGGCUAGCAUUAGCGAGCUAAAGCGCAGUUUUAUGGAGGCUACGCCCGAGCCCAGGCCCAGUCAAUGGGACAAACGCCUGACGGGCAGCCCUGCCACCACACUGCGCCUGCAGGCUCAAGGGAGUUUGGAAGAGGAGCUCACCUCUCUCUUUCUGAGUAAGGCGUGCUUCUCCGGGCUGGCUGGCUCCUGCAGUGCUGAUGCUGCUCCAGCAGAGGCCAGUAAAGUCUCAGCUCAGCCCGAGGUUCCACAGCAAACCCCUCCUCGUCCCGGGACGGACAGCAGAGACGCCAGCAAGAGCGCAGAGGUCAAACCCGAAGUCAACGGCCAGCCAGAGGUCGUAGAGGUCGUGGAAGAAACUGUCGUCAUCGAGGAAGUCGUCAAAGCCAAACCCAAAAGCCCCACCCCUGAGGCGGCGGUUACAGUCGAGACCGAGCACGCCGCAGAGGUCAAGGAGGAGAGGAGUUUAUCGUCGGACAGCGAGAGUGAAGACGAGGCGGAGUACCACGCUCAACCGCCCAGCACGAGCGUCUCCGCUCAGCUGAUAAAAGAAGAGCCCGAGGAGGAACAGGAGGCGGAUCUUACUCAACAAGCCCCGCCCUCUGUAAUAGAGUCACAGCCAAUCACAGAAGCAGCUGAACCCGCCCCCGCGGCAGAGGAAGAGAAACCAGCAGCGCAGCCUGAAGAGGAAGCGUGUGCGGACGAGCCUCUGCUGACACCGGAUGAAGCUCCCAAUGGACACGCCCUCCAAGACGAAGCCCCGCCCACUCUUAAAGCCACAGCUGCAGAGGAGGAGGAGCCUCACAUCGUCAACGGCAGCGCCUCUCGUGUGGAAACGGAGCACCUGCCGCAGGUUAUUUGUUGUUCGGAGCCUCCUGUUGUGAAGACCGAGAUGGUUACGAUUUCAGACACGUUUGCUGCUCAGAAGACGGAGAUAUCCACUAAGGAGGUCCCCAUCGUUCACACGGAAACCAAGACCAUCACGUACGAGGCCGCCCAGUUGGAUGGUAAUGGAGACGGGGAGCCGGGCGUGCUCAUGACAGCUCAAACCAUCACCUCCGAAUCGCUCUGCACCACCACCACCACACACAUCACGAAGACACUAAAGGGCGGGCUGUCAGAAACUCGCAUUGAGAAGCGCAUCGUCAUCACGGGAGACUCUGACAUUGAUCACGAUCAGGCGUUGGCCCAGGCUAUAAAGGAGGCCAAAGAGCAGCACCCCGACAUGUCCGUCACUCGCGUGGUCGUCCACAAAGAGACGGAGCUCGCCGAGGACGACGACUGAAGGACAGAGCUGAAGUCCAGCACGUUCCUCACGGCUCAAGAGUUCAUCCUUUCCUCCGCGAAGGACGUGCGGGGGAGAAAAGAGCGGCUCUGAUCCUGUACAGACGAACAUCUUCAUCUUCUGUCAUUCACAACCAGAACCACUUAGCUAACAUUUGUAGCAUUUUAUUUUUUUAGUCUGUCGUUUUAUCUCUUUCCCUCAAAAGAUUGUCUUUACCAUUUAUGAAGACCAGAUUUAUGUUAUUUUUAUUGUUAAUUAGUCAUUCACAUUCCUAGUUCAUGAGGAGGAGUAAUGGAUCACGUUGUGGUGGAGUACUUUGUAAUAAUAAUAGGAGGAGCGUGUGAUGAUGGGGGCGGGGUUUUCCUGAUGUCACGAUGUGUUUGUAAGGGACCAGCGCAGGACGGCGGCAGUGCCAAUCAUUCCUCUAUGCAGUCAAACACACAAACAUUCCACCGACGAGAGGACGAACGGCUUCUACCUCUCUCAGCAAAAAACAAAAUCUCCAUUCAACAUGAAACCUAGGCAGCUCUUUGGAAACUUUUUCAUUUCCAGCCAUUUUCUGGCACCAAUAUUCAGAUAUAUAUUUGUAGAAACCUGUUUUUUUUCUCUCUCUCUCUCUUUGUUUUAAAUCUGAUGAGUUUGGAGGAAGUUGCUCUGUCUGCCCUUUUAAAUCUUUUUAAUCUGUUUCAGAUACUUUUGAUUAAAUGAACAAAUGAGAUUGAACUGCCAGCGCUGAUGUUUUUAGCGGUCGAGCGAGGCCCGUGCUCCCUGCUCUCUCUCUCUCUCUUUCUCUCUCCCGGCUCCCAUCUGCUCCAUCAGCCCUGUGUAUAGCAGUUAAUGGUAGAAUUGACUCUCUCUUUCUUUUUUAAGCAGCUUUCGAUGAUCUGUCAUGUUUUUAUGCCCCACCUGACCCAUUGUGUAACACUCUUCCAAUUAAAGUUUGUUUAUUCUCUAAUAAUCUAA